AUGGUGGCAUCAAACAGCUCUGGAAUAUUGGACGAUUGGAAAGUCGAAAACUCACACUGUUUAUUUUCCAGAGUUUCAUGUGAUGCAAACUUUCAUGUCACGUCGUUGACGAUAUCUUACGUUCCUAUGUUCGGAACUAUUCCGUCGGAGAACGGAAUUCUGAACAAACUGGUCAAUCUAACGUUUGUAUUGGAUAGCCUCACCGGUCCACUUCCGGUGGAAAUGUCUAAUUUGACAUCGAUUAGAUUCAUUAACAUUUGUAGUAAUGUUUUCACUGGGGAGCUUCUGGGAAAGAUUGUGGCGGGAAAGGCUGAGCUGGAAGCUUUCGAAGUUUACAACAAUACUUUUAGCGGGAGUUUAUCGGUGGAGUUUAUGAAGUUGAAUAAUCUGAAUUUUUUUUUAUUAUCUCGGAGUUAUGAAGGAGAAAUUAUGCUGGUGUUUGGUUCAUUCAAAUCACUAAAACUACUAGACCUCAGAGGUUGUAAUCUCAAUGGAGAAAUUACGGCAAGCCUUCGAAAUUUGAAGGUGUUACAUACUCAAUUUCUUCAGUUUAACAAUCUCACCGGAGAAAUACCUCCUACCCAUUUAAAUGAUACUCCAAAUCCUUCCCCAAAUCGUUCCCAAUUAAUUAAUUUUUCUGAGAAAUCACUUGAUCAAAGUAGUACGAGCUCAUUGUUUGGAACUGAAGUUAGGACUCGAAAUCGUGAAUCACCUAACGGUACAUAUCUCACUGUAGAUUUUCACUAUGACAGAAUGUUUGCACCAAACCCGUUAGUGUACUUAGACCCUAUGAGAAUGUCAGUUCGUGAUGUGGAUUUUGGUGGCAUGAACUAUAGAGAAUUUGUGUUGUGGGUUUCAAAGCUGACAAGACGAAGCUGUGAUAAUUUGUACCAUUGUCGUACUCAUGAAAGAUUGGAAGACGGUAUUAGAAGAAUUGACAAUGAUGUUGAUUAUUUUGAGUUUAUUGAAGAUGGUUACAUGGCUAAGAAUGAGCUAAGAAUGAAUGUCUACAUUGACCACCAAAAAGAACCUGUUAUUGACUGGGCCGAUGAGCAGAUGUUAACAGAUGAUGAGGUGUCUGAGUUGGUAGAAAUUAAUGAUACAGACUCACAUAUUUCAGAUAUAAUAGAAUAUGAGCAUGAACCUGAUGAAGAGGUAUAUACUUUUGACAAAAUAGUUGAUGAUGAAUUUUUGAACAAGUUGUGUGGUAAACCCAUUCUUAAUACCAAUCAAGAAGAAGUAAAUGAUGAUGAUGAUGAUGUCAGUGAUGAAGAUGAUGAGGUUGUGUUCCCUGUCUUUGAUGAGAAUCAAGAAUAG